GACAAAGAUUUGAAAGGAUGGUUGAAACGCAAAGGCGGGCGAAUGAACUCUUGGUCUCGCCGGUGGGUGGUGUUGAAAGACCAGCUUCUCUUCAUAUUUCUGAAAGAGGAGGACAGAAAAUAUCAAGACUGCAUCAUUCUUGAUGGGCAGAUAAUAGUUGAACCACCUCCCGACCCAGGUGAACCCAGACAUGGUUAUUUUGAUAUUGUAACAGGUCAUGACAAAGGUUCAACUGAAACUUUAUCAUUGUGUGCUGAAACUGAAGAAGAGAAAAAGAUCUGGCUGCAUGCCUUAAAAAGAGCCUUGUAUGCGAGUAAAGGAGGAGCUUUGUUCAGUCAGUCUCUGGAUGAAAUCCUGUACUGGGAGAGACUUUCUGGAAGACCAGUAUGCAUACCUUACAUUGUCAAUGAAUGUGUUGAAUACCUGUACAAGUAUGGGCUUGAUGUGGAGGGCAUCUUCAGAUUGCCAGGACGUCAGUCUGCCAUUAAGGAUGUUAUAUCCAGAUUUGAACGGGGGCAGAAAAUUAAUUUUGAAGAGGAAAACACAGAUGUGCAUAUAGUUGCGUCAGUAUUGAAAACAUUCCUUCGAGACCUGCCAGAGUCUCUGAUCCCUUGCCAAUUGUUUCAAAAGUUUAUGAACAUUGCUUUACGUUUUAUGGAGGAAGCUGAUGAAUCAGCUAGAGAAAAAUGUGUCCAGGAGUUGGCCGAUUCCAUGAAACUCAUUCCAAGAGACAAUUAUGUUGUACUGAAGUACGUUUGUCGCUUUCUGAGAGAGGUUGGGCUCCAUGAACCCACCAACAAAAUGUCUAUGAUGAGCCUGGGAACAGUAUUUGGUUACAACCUGAUCAGGCAUAUUGAUAAAGAGAAUUCACAACUCUUUCUCUGUACAGCUGAUCUUGGGCAAAACCUAGUCUACAUGCUGCUAAAUUUUUAUCCACAGGUCUUCAUGCUAGAAUACAGUGACAGAGGCAGUCUAGGUAACAAUGUUCCAACUGCCGACUUGCUGCGUAUGUCCCGCAUCAUUGACACCCCUGCUGCUCUACCGCUCAAUUCAUCAGCCAUACUGGACCUGGAAGGGAUAGAAUUAACUAUCGAGUCAGCAAGCAGCACAGGAUCUAGUGAUUCUGUUAAAAUCACAGAGGACUACUACUCACUUGAGCACAGCAAGAACAAUUGUGAUCUCAGGGAAGGAGCUUCUGAUGCUGAAAGUGUGUUUGUUCAGUCAGCUGAGUUUGCACUUGAAAAAAAGAGAAACCUACGGUUGGACCUGAAGGAGCAUGCAGCGAUUAGCCGAUCUUUUAGCACACCUACUUCUCCAAACACAAGCCCCAGUAUUCCUCCAGUGCCUCCAAGGCGAACAAAGUCUAAAAUAACCAGAAAUAGACUUAUAAGUAACAAGAAAAGGCCAGAAGCUGCAGUGUUUGAUACAAAUGACCAAUCAAUAUACGACUUUGGUUCUUCAGAGGGAGUUAACUCUGAUGAUAUAUUAACUGCCCUUGCUCAAGUUACUGUUCACAAUGCAGCCCCAUCAGUCUUACUUAACUCUGUUUCUGUCACCUCAUCUCAAGAUUCAAUCACAUCUGAAGAUCAUUCCUCUGCUGAAUCCAACCUAAAAGCUUCUCAUGUCACUGAGACUGAUGGAAAAGUGGGUCCCAGUGUCAGUGAUCUCCAUAACCAGAUUACCGCACUGAAGGAAGAGUUGUCUCGGCAGAAAGACCACUACAGAAAACAAGUCACAGCUUUAACAGCACAAAUCGAGGACAUGAAAGAGAAAUACGAGCGUCGGAUACAAACAAUGGAGGUGGAGUUUAGGUCACAGAUAAGAGAACUGGAGAACAAGCUGUCUAGCGAGCAGGAAUCUUGUGCUGCUGCUAUUGCCAAUAACAUCAAACUGAAUAGUGAUAUAAACAAAUACAACAUGUUGUAUGGUGACCUUCUUUAA